UGCAUCAACAGAUGCUGCCGCACCAAUCCUUGUCUCAAUGGAGGAGUAUGUCAGGAGAUUUGUGACACUCAUAGCACCAGGUUUAACUGUACCUGUCCUAACACAUACUCUGGUCAGCGGUGUGAGAAGAUGAAACAUCCGAGAAGCUGCAAAGACAUAGCUAAGAACGGUGCCUCGACAUCAGGAAAAUACGACAUCUACGAUUCAAGCAAUGAACGGUUUUCUGUUUACUGUGACUUGCAGUCUGAACCUGACUUUGUAUGGACGUUAAUACAAUCGUUAUCCUUGUCCAAGAGAAACGCCUUCAAUUAUACUGGGUUUGGCAAAAACUUUGAGAUUGAUAUUGAAGUGGGGGAAGUUAAUUGGAACGAGUUCCGACUAUCCUUAUCACAGAUGCAGUAUCUUGCUAAUCACUCCACACAUCUGAGAGCAACUUGUAACUUUUCUACGGAUGGUCUGCAGUAUACGGACUACGCACGCGCUAAGCUGGCAGGUCAUGACAUUUUUGGCACCUGGAACACCUGCAAGAUGUACGAAUAUGUCAAUAUCCGAGGAAUCAAUUGUUCUGAUUGCACCGCCCUGACAAAACAGCAGGAAGAUGUGUCCUGGCACAUAAGGAGUUACAAUAGCACACAAUUCGGAUGUGAAUUUAGUGGAAAACCAGGUGGAGUCCCCGAUGAAAAAAAUUUCGGAAAAUUUCACAACAAGUAUAUAAAUCCGGAUCACCGCUGCUCGUUUUCACCUGCUUCUACAACGCAGCAUUGGUUUGGAGCUAAAUGUGACGUGUAACUUUUUGCGAAUUCAUUUCCUUUCAUAGAAAAGGAAACACAGCCAACUGAAAGCAAGAAAACAUCGGAGCAAGGCUAACAACUAACAAUGACAUCAUGUGCCUCCAAGUUUGGCCCAUUUAGGAGCUGAACUUGAACUAAACGUUUAAUAUCUCAGAUAGUUACACUGAUCUUUAUCACAGAAGAAUGUAGACAUGCACAAGAGCGACGUCAUAAGCAACCUUAGAUACGUAGCGUCCAUAUUUGAAUAGUUGAAAUAAGUAGGCGGUCUCUGUACAAACACUUUUUACCUGCACAUUCAUCUUUUCAUGUAAUGUUCAAUAGAUAGUACACUUACAUCUUAAAAGCCAAAGGUCGAUAAAAUUGGCCUUUUUUCGUAUUCGUCUUUGAAAACGCAUUCAGAGCUCACCAUUAGCUAAUUCAUGCGAAUUAUUUUCAAGCAAGUGACUAAUCGUAAGUUAAAAUGCUUGUGUCUAGAUUCAGAGAUGUUUAAAUAACUCUGUACGCUAUUAAUCUAAUUAUGACAUGUUUUGUCGUCGUAGGGCGAUAUUUUCUUGACUCAGUCACUCAACCGUUUUCUCUUUACUGAUAAUUGAAAAUUAGCUUCGGCUUCGUUAGUUUGAUCAUUAGUAAAACCAAGCUUUAAGUUUAGGUUUCUUGAUUUCGCUUUAAAAAAUCCGCACAGUUAGGAGAAAUGGUAUUUACUUAGUGGCAGGGAGAUGUUAGCAAUUUCUCCUAAGUGAUAAAUAUGUACAGCUUUGCUUAAUUUUAAUAUUAGGGACUCGAUGCAUAACUGUGAGAAGCCCUCAACAGCCUCUCUUUCACUAGGACUAAGGUACUUAAAUGCUUCGUUAGGAUCACUGCUUACUUUAUAACAUUGCAAAUUUGUUCAUAAAACAAGUUUUGAAAUGUUCAAAAUGUAGGAGAUGAAGUAGGUAUAGUAGUUGGAUCAGAUGUUUGUCAAGAAAAGCACCAGUGAAGUGUAAAGGUCAUUUAGGAUUGUUGUACAUAAUGUGAGACAUCAUCUUAUUAUAGCAUCAUUCCAGACUUUUCCUUAAAGCUUGUGGAUUUACAGCGACAUUAGACUGUUGGACGCGCUGGCAAUACAUUAUUAAAUACAAAUCCAAGUGACGAUGAAGUUAUAUUCUAGUUAUAAAGUUCAUUAUUUGAAAUCUACGUUUCCGAAGUUUGAAACGUUCAAUGAUAAAAUUGACGAUUUUAGAAGCUUUUAAAGUUAUGCCAUUUGCCCUCAAAAUUGGUAUUCGAAUUGCGCGAAAAAACCGCUGACGUCACUUUGGUAACAUAAAAUCGAAUUCAGUAUGGCGAAUAGUACGAAAGAUACGCGGCAACGAGGGCGAUAUUGUGUUGCUGGUGCCCCGGCUCUGAUCAGCAAAGCUCUCAGAAUAUAUCGUUCCGCCACCGGGCAUAGAAUGUUUCAGUUCCCGAACGAUCCCGACUGUGAGAGGAAAAUGGGUGAAAUUUGUCCGCAGACAAAGACACGAUCUUAACGAUCCAACUUGGCCGUAAACGUCGCUUUGUUGGGCAAAUUUUGAAGAAUUAUGCUAUGAGUGAAACUUGUCCAUAUUAAACAGCAUGAUGAAGGCCCAAGAGAUGAAGAUGAGGCCCUUUUGAGAAACGACACUGUGCCAACCAGGGACACUAGUUUUGUGUUUCUGUUCCAUUUCCUUAAAUUGUUUUUCUAUUUUUUCUCUUUGCAUACUAAUACUGCAUAGAAAAGUCAUUCCAAAAAUUCAGCUCCUUUAAUGUACAAAUAACUUAAAAGAAACCCAGUUGAAAUAUCAUCAAAGGUGGCGGAUGCAAAAGUAAGGAUAAGUGAGGUAAUUUCCAAUUGGACAUACCAUAUUAUAUCUGUAUCGCCAUAUACACUGUACCUUAGAUUCGCAUUUUAAUCUCGGUCAAUUUAUUUAUAUCAGAUAUUUAACCUGUCAUCGAGAUAUUCGACCCCGGAGAACGAUGGCCCCUUUGUCAAUAAGUAUUACGUAAUCGCUUUCGCGUCAAAAUAAGGGAACACUUUAAGGCGCUGGUUAAGAUCUUGCCGAACGUCUUAAGUGCCGUUUAUACCGCGUUCCACCAUAGUACGAUCACGUACCUAUUCAUGAUUUUUUGCCUUUUCCCUACGUGUACUCUGAUUGCUACGAACUCAUUUUUAAAUGUCUUAGUAUAAUUAUUAAGAUAUCCAACUAAUUUGUAGGUUUUUAAGGUCCACCAUGAGUGUUCUUCGCUAUCUACGCGCGAUGUUGUUGGUAUCUCAGCUCACUCAGACCAAUAAGGCGCAGCCAACAGUAAAUUGUCAAAACUCAUAAUCACAUUCUUGAGGGUCACGUGUUUCAAAGAUUGACAGUCCACAGCGCCACCCAGUGUCACGUGAAGUGCUAAGAUGACUGCCUGUGGGUAUCCAUGAAUUAUUUCCCUCUGUUCAAAGAAAAUAACUGUGAGCUCAACGACGCUAACAAAGACGCAGAAAAAGCCGCAAUGAUAUGGAGGAAAUUAUUAUGAUUUGGUGAGAAGCUAGACGGUGAAGGAGAGAGAUAGAAUCGUUUGCUGUUGAUAGAAUUGCCUUAUUUAUUUAUUUUUUUGUUACUUACAUUUUUAUCACAACAUAGCGCGCGCGCAAGGCCUACCUAUAUCCUAAGGGAGCUACCAUGAUAAAAAUCAUUAUUUAUCAUAUAAACUACGAUGUUAUACAAGGAUCUGCAGCUCUGACAAAAGCCGUAAGAACACACGUGAAAGAAUACGAUAUUUUUUCGCGUGUGUUUGAUAACGCCAAUCAGCUGCUGACACAUCACUCGCUUUUCGCGUCACUCGGCCAGGUUGAUAAAUGAACGGCAAAGCCUUCAACAUUCUCAAUACAAGGUAGUUUGUCCGCGGAACUUUCUCGGAUUAUGGCGGCUAAAACAUUUAAAAAUUUCGUACCGCUUACAGGGAGUGACGUUCAAACUUUCCUAGAAGGGAAAGAAAACCAAUAUAUGAAAAGAAAAACCCAAAGUUACGUAUUCAGUGACUUUGGUAAUGGCCUUUGUCGUGGCUGAGAACGGAAAUCGACUACUGGAAGAUUUGUCACAGGCCGAUUUUGGCUGUUUACUUGAAAGACUUCUUCUGUCGGUAAGUAAAAAGUCAAUAAAUGAGAAUUUUGUAAAUUUAAAAUUCCGCCCAUUGUUGUUUUUGUAAUCAUGAUUCAAAGCAUUUUUCCAUCUUGAGCCUUAGCGCCAACGCACUGUACGAUUGUCGAUUCUUCAAUUUAUUUUCUUUCAUUAUUGACGUCAGCUUUUCUUGUCACUAAUGCGCUUUUGUGUUUAUAUGAUAAACAAAAUAAUACAAGGUCGCUUUUUGAGUGUUCAACUCGACAUUUCAUAUCUACGCGCGCCCAUGCAUUAUUUUCUAAAAAUAGUGCACGUCUGUGCAUUCAUAACAAGACUUGUGCAGUAUCACUUCGGCUAAAAGUCCUGUCGAGUUUAGCGGCGAGAAUUCAAAACUAUCAGUUAAGACUAUCUUUCCGUUCUAUCCCUAUUUAGAUAGACCUUUGUAGCUCAAAAUGAAAACAAAAUAUGCUGAAUAAGACUGGUUUCGAGAAACAAUGAGCAUUUCUUUUUCUCUUCAAGCGACGAAAUUAGUUUCGGAGUUGACAAUACUUUAUUCACAAUCGCGAUGAGAAUUAUGGCUGAAAACAGAACUAAGUAUUAUGACUUCAACUGAGGCUUUGCGACGCUGGGGACUCUUCAUUACAACGGAAAAUAUUAUUUUGAAGUGUUGUUAUGUACCCAAAGUUUUGUUCAACAGAAGAUUUUGUUUUGAAAUCGUACAAUUUUCAGAAUUUUUAACUCAAAGUUAAAAAAUAUUCAGGUUGCAAAUUUUGGUAAACAACAAUUCGAGCAGCGUAAAUCUAUCACAAGUGUCUCGUAGAUGCGAGAGAUUUGUAAGUUUUUGCUCAGCUUUUUGAAUAGUUGAUAUCAGUUUUGAGGGCUCAUUUAUAUCCUAAAAGUAUUGUUAAAUAGCAGAUUUUAAUUUUAAAAACCUUACAAUUAUUUCAGAAUUUUCAAAAUCUUCAACAUAAACCUACGCAAUUUCUGGCCUUGAAUUCUAGUAAACAACGAUUCAAGCAUAUUGAAUCUACUACGCGCUAUCGUAAAUGCAAGAAAUUCGUUCGUUUUUUGCCUCUGAGCAGAAAAUGUUCAAUUCUUUGAAUAAAGAUUUGGUCUGAAUAAUAAUAUAACAUAACAUGGUUCGAAAUUAAAUUAAAAAGCCUAAAAAAAAUUGAAAUAUGUUAUCUUCUGGAGUUAGAACAACCAAGGGUAAAGACCAGCUAGGGUCUUAGUUGCUAUUCAACUACAUUGCAUAGCUUAAGACGAGGACUGAAUUGCAUAGUUGCAUUAAGUUUGUUUGUAUAGGAUUUGAUAGCUAUAGGAAGGGGCAUCAUCACAUUUUAUUUAAUCGCCUGAAUGCUGUUUCAUCAAUUUACAUACCCUCAGGCAUUACUUUGUUAUUUUUAUUUAGAGAGAAAGAGACAUUUGUGGUAAAAUAACUCGAAAACCGAUCUCUUCUGCAGCCUUGUAGAUAAAUCUCAGGAGUCAGCAGGAUGAUAGAAGUCCACUGUCAUAAAUUUGCACAAAGAAAUCUUCACAUCUUUGAAGUCGAAAACGACUCACUUUGUAUCUGUUGUCAAGAGGAAGAGUUUACCAUGUACCUGGUCGAAGGAUUUGAAAAGUGGUUUAAUGAUAAAAAUGCCCUCUCUUUCUCACCAACCGGCUUCAGUCAAAAUUGUCAUUUAGGAAAGUCCCUUUUGAGACUGAUCUAAUUACAAAAACUUCGAAUUUCUCCUUCUUCUUUGGCUAAUUACUAUCAAGCUUGACCGUCCAGUUUUGUGUAACAUUAGUGUACAGGUUUGCUUGUGAAUAUUAUGAAAAUAAAGGAAACUUCAUAUAACCAAACUAUAAAGGAUUACUCAGUUAUUAGAUGAUUUCGAAAUUUUUACUUUGUUAUUGUGAGUUUGUUUGUUUUGUUUUUGUUAAAGCUUGAAGUUAUAGGAAGUUAUUUUAUUAUUUCUUUUGUAUUUUUAGGAUAAAAUAAGUUGCCAUCCGCAACCGAGUGUAAAAUGGUAGCUUAUCUAAGAUAAUUAUAAUUUUUAUUGGGGAAACCAGAAGGCCCCCUUUAAGCUAAAAAAAUAAUGACACAAUCUCUAUCGUUUUCUGUUAAUGAAGCGGCUACAUCCCUCACCGACAAAACAUUGAUCUAAUUCAACUAUUUACGAUUAUUUCUGGCUUCUAAAUCAAGCAUACUUAAUUAAUAAGUUAAAGAGAAGCAACGAAAACUUAAAAUUUAACGACGUAACAUUUGUGAAGGUUUUUCAUUGCAAAAUGAUCUCAUUACAUUAAUUUCCAUAACAAAUUACGAUGUUUGAUUUACAGUACUUGUGUUUAUUUUGAAUUUCUGCCAUAUACAGAUUCUUUUUCAUGAAGUUUUUCAAACGAGUAAGUACUGUUUAUUAUCGGUUUGGCACGGACGAUCAUUUUACGGCCUGGGUGCGUGUCUUCCGUCUGGGGUGGAUGACUGCAGAAAAAAAAAAGACAUCAACAAUAAUGCCUGGAGAAACAAUAAAAUUGCUUCGGGUUGUAUUCUUUUUCAGCGUUAUUAUUAUUACUUCUAGUUUUGAUCCCUAGUAGACUCCUCAAUGGUGAAGUCUGACCUUAAUCUCUCCUUCUCUAGUUGACGCUUUUAAACUGUGAAUGAAUGGCAUGCGUUCUUGGAUAAUUCAUAUCAUUCGGCUCUUGUUCAAAAUUUACAUCAUGUGAAGAAGUAUCAAUGAUAACAAGUGUCUAAUAUUAUCAUCUAUGUUCCUUAUUUGCACCUCUUUCUAGAGAAGGGUCAGCGUUUGAGAAAGAUUUUGUGAUAUUUUAUCAUUUUUUCAUGCAAAUUUUUAAAUUUAAGAGUGAAACUUUACACAUCGUUGGGCCAUUGAAACUUCGAAUGAAAUGUCCGUGGCAAAGUGUGUUGAUUAAAACAAGUUGGACAAAUAACAACCGGGUCAAUUAUUCGUUCUUGCUUGAAAAUAUCGAUAAGUUGAGUGCGUAACGAACGUAAAACUUUCCAUCACUUAUCAAUUACAAGGCGGAAAAAUAGCCUCGGGGGCCCAUUUCCACAUGCAAGCUUGCGUUCUGGGCGUUAACUUAUCUUAGGUUUUUCCAAGCAGCAGUUAACUGAUGCAACAAUCAUGUUAGUGUAUUCACCUCGGGUUAACUCGAACUGGCACGUUAAUGACUUCAACAGCUUUCCCUGGUUAAACUCUGAUUCAUGGCCAAGAGAUAAUUGUGUAGAUAAUUAUGACAAUUACAGAUAACUAGGGAGCUAUGCGCCUUAUUUUGCUACCAUUCGUUUGUUACAUGUGAUGUGUAAGGAUGACUGCUUGUUUAUAUAGUUAUAUUUCCCUCGGUUCAAAUCAAGCAACUGAGAGCUCAAUGAUGCCAAUCAAGAUAUGAAGCCAUUAGGGAUGAAAUUAAGAGAAGGAAGAAAUUACCAUAAUCAGGUGAGGAGCUACACUGUGCCAAAGAUGUGGUAAACUUAAGUUGUUUAGUCUAUUUUAUUCAAUUUACUAGGCAGACGAAUAUCCUAAAGUGAUCUAAUCUGUCAAAAGUGGAAUGCCUAUCAUGAAAACCAAAUAAAACAGGCUACCGUAAAUUUCUGCUCCUCGCUUUCAAGCUCUUUUAUGUUGGUAGCUUUUCUUCUUAACUCGUCAAAAUAUCGGUUCUCUCAGCAAAAUGAGGCCAAAAUUGACGCCCUUUUACAAUUAAUUUUAAAAAUUAAAAAGUUUCGGAACAUUACACAUUAAUGGUCACCGCGACAGAAGGGCUGCCAUGUUCGACAUUCGAACUUGACGGGGGGUCUUAAUAUUUUGAAAAACAUCGCGAUUCUUAUUUAAAACAUCUUAUAAAGCUGCACUUAUGAACCUAAAUAAUUCAUUUUAGUUUUUCUAGAUUUUUGGUUUAUUGACAGCAAUAUAUAAAUUUUUUCCACUUCGGUAAAUAAUUACUAACUGGCUCUACAGACAGAACUUAUGUGUUUUUACAGUCUACGGAUACAACAUAAGAUCAGAGUUUGUUAGCUGACUGGUCUGUAUUCUAUUCCUUGUAUUAAAGCUGGAAAAGAAACCAACCAUACGGUUGCGAAAUUUAUAGGUGUGGUGAAACUCGAGAUAUUAUCAUUAAUCGAUGGAAGGAAAGCUUACUUUAAGAGCUUUCAUUAAUAUUUUAUAUCCUAUACUCCUAUGGUAAAAAAAUAAAAUGGGACCCUUUUUAAAUAUGUAAGUGUGAAUAAUACAUUCAAAAUCGUUCUUACAGUUGACUUUGUAGAGCACAGAGAUUCAUAAGUACAUCGCUGAAAGAGGAUCUUUUAACAACUGAUGGUGGGUAGAGUUUCCCUUUUUUGGUUUUGUAACACAAAACGUUCUGAGACGUCUCUUAUUUUCAAAACGCUUUUUUUUAAUAAAUGACACACACGAAACUUUUGAAAUUCUACGUUUCAAGAAACACUCCUUAAACUUGGACGAUUUGAUACAUGAACGUCAGUCUUUGAUAAAGUUCAUCACAGCGGCUGUUUCACUGAGAUUUCAUAUACUUCGACAUUUAGCUUUGCACUCAACUAACUGUAACCGACAUACUUUUAAUCAGCAAUUACUGGUUGGUGUAUUUUUUUAUAUCAGUUCCAUUUGCCAAUAUAUCUCCCUCCAUUGCAACCUGGGCAAUGAAGAGAAAUAAGCUUAGCAUUUGAGCAUACAAUCAAUUCUUUAUAAACUGUGUUCAGCUUAGGCUAAACCGCAGAGAACGUUUACGGCUCCUUUUGUAGAGCAUUCCCAACAAAAAUCGUCGAGGAGCAAUUUCGUUUGGGCUUGAAUGUUUGCUUAGUCUUCUUUAAAAAUUCCGCAAAUAAGUGAUUCUGUAGUGAAGAUCGACUUCACAGCGAGAGGAAUACACUCUUAACAGUCUUUGAAAACGUUUACUGACUCAGAAGAAGGUGUCAAUAUGGUAAUGGCUCUUACGGCUAACGACUAAAAUUUUGGCAAUUUUACUGCUAACGAUUCUUUUCUUUCCGUUGCAAUUAAGAUAAAUGUUACAGUUCAUGCUUUAAGAAAAACAAUUUCGUAGUUAAUUUAAAAAAAUCCAUCAAUGAAGGUCGCUUUUAAGCAAGAGGCCCAAAUAUCGGUGUUUUUCGUUCCAGAUUACCCCAUGCUCGUCAGAUGAAAUAAUCAUGCAUCUUUUUUUUCUUCACAUUAGUAGUGCUAUUGCUAUGGGCAUCGUACAAUAUCUCCAAGUCGUGCUGUUUGUAUUCAAUUUGACCCUCUCCACUGAGGCACAGAAAAAAGUAACUUGUCAAAACUUCAAGUUUGCUAUCGAUGACGAUGUCAUCCAUAACCAAAUUCUUGAGGGUCACUCGUUUAAAAGACUGACAGUCCCAAACGCCAUCCAGUGUCACUUGAAGUGCAAAAAUGACUGCCUGUGUGUAUCCAUGAAUUAAUUCCCUCUGUCCAAAGAAAACAAUUGUGAGCUCAACGAAGCUAAUAAAGACAUGGAGCCAGCGGCGAUGAAAUGGAGGCAAGGGGGAAACUAUUAUGAUUUGGUGAGAAGCUACACGGUGAAGGUGAGAUAAGAUUAUUUAUCUAAUGUUUUACUCAUUGAUUUAUGAACUUUCGUAAACAAAGUAAAUAUCCCAAGAUGUUCAAGUUCGUAAAUAAAAUAAAUAUUUCCACAUGAUCAAGUUUUGCGGUACUCCUUAAAAAAAAGGUCUGUUAUGUGUCGGUCUGGGCUAAAGACAAUUUUGUGCAUAUCGUUUUGUCUGCGAUAUGAUUGGUCUAGACAAAACCAAAACAAAACGAUUUGGCUAAGAGAGGAUUGGGUUCAUUGUCUUUCUCGCAAACUUUUUUCUUAACGGCCAUGUUGUAAUGCUAAGGGAACGGCAGAACAGAAGCGACUACAAAUUUCAUAAAGACAUCACUGACUUAACCAUUGCUGUAUUACUGCAUUUCAAAUCUAAUUUUGAGGGACAUUUCAUCUCCAUUCUGGCACCCCGCUAUGUGUUGCACGCAUACGUACUUUUCUCGCACUGUUUGUUAUCAAUUCGAUCCGAUUCCGGUGAGAUUUGUCGAUGGUUGCUAAAAAGUACAUGCCAACCCAAUUCGAUGAGCAUGGUGAGCUAAAAAAUUAUUUUAAUCUUGCUGUAGGGUGGAGACAGAUACACACCAGAGAAGCAUCACUGCAUCAACAGAUGCUGCCGCACCAAUCCUUGUCUCAAUGGAGGGGUAUGUCAGGAGAUUUGUGACACUCACAGCACCAGGUUUAACUGUACCUGUCCUAACACAUACUCUGGUCAGCGGUGUGAGAAGAAGAUGAAACAUCCGAGAAGCUGUAAAGACAUAGCUAAGAACGGUACCUCGACAUCAGGAAAAUACGACAUCUCAAAUUCAGACAAUGAACGGUUUUCUGUUUACUGUGACUUGCAGUCUGAACCUGGCUUUGUAUGGACAUUAAUACAAUCGUUUUCCUUUUCCAAGAAAAAUGCCUUCAAUUAUGCAGGGUUUGGCAAAAACCUUGAGAUUGAUAUUGAAGAGGGGGAAGUAAAUUGGAACGAGUUCCGAUUAUCCUUAUCACAGAUGCAGUAUCUUGCUAAUCACUCCACGCAUCUGAGAGCAACUUGUAACUUUUCUACGGAUGGUCUGCAGUAUACGGACUACGCACGCGCUAAGCUGGCAGGUCAUGACAUUUUUGGUACCUGGGACACCUGCCAGAUGUACGAAUAUGUCAAUAUCCGAGGAAUCUAUUGUUCUAAUUGCACCGCCCGCACAAAACAGCAGGAAGAUAAGUCCUGGCACAUAAAGAGUUACGAUAGCAUAAAAAAGGGAUGUGAAUUUGAUGGAAAACCAGGUGGAGUCUCCGGUGAAAAAAAUUUCGGAAAAUUUGACGAAAAUUUCAUAAAUCCGGAUCACCGCUGCUCGUUUUCUCCUGCUUCUACAACGCAGCAUUGGUUUGGAGCUAAAUAUGACGAGUAA